ACGGUUAGGGCAAAAUCAACCGUGACUAUUGGCCGCGCCACCUUACUCCGGCCGCCGCGUCAUAUUCAAUUGCCACUAAAUUAGAAAAUGGAAGAGGAGGAUUUUGCUUCGGAGUCAGCUUCGGCAACUGUGAGAGGUAUGGAGAAGGGGUCUCACCUGUUCGUGGUGAAGAACUACUCCCUCCACGAAGGAAUCGGCGUGGGCGGGGCAAUUGAGAGCGAAGAAUUCAUCGUCGGCGGAUACGGAUGGACCAUUCGAUUUAUCCUGGUGGAAAGACCAUUGAUGCCAACAGAGAUGGGGUAUCAUCUUUGUUCAUACAUCUGAAGAACCAGACCACCAUUGCAGUAGGGUGUCUGUAUUCGGCUCACUUCAUGGAUCAAUCUGGUAAAGGAAAUGAUAAAGGUCUGUCCUUUUUCGAUAAUUCUAAAAUUAUGUAUUUUGAAAGGGAUCGUGUGAUUGGACGCAAUUUCUUCAUAAGGCGAUCUUCUCUUAAUUGUCCUGACUAUCUCAAAGAUGAUUGCUUAAAAAUUCGUGUUACUAUUGAAGUCUUCACUUGUCGAAUCCAUAAUCUCCCUCUUAUCAAGGUUCCGGAGUCCAAUAUAGGAGCAGAUUUCGGCAAAUUAUUGCGCAGCAAGCAAAGGGCAGAUGUGUUCUUUAGAGUGAAGAACAAGAGUUUCUGCGCCCAUAAGCGGAUAUUGGCUGCUCGUUGUCCUCAAUUCUUGUCGCAGGUUUCAGAUAGCAACUACGAGAUCGAAGUUACAUAUAUGGAGCCUAACAUAUUCAAGGCCCUGCUCUGGUUUCUGUACACAGGAACUCUUUCGGACGAAGAGCAUGACGACAGUGAUAUUGGUCAUUCGAUGCUUGAAUCGUUUAUAGGGAAGAUGCUAGCUGCAGCCGAUCGGUUUGAGUUGAAAAGACUUAAAAAUAUUUGUGAAUUGAGCAUUUCUAAAAGAAUUUCCGGAGAUUCAAUUGCAUAUAUUUUACAUUUAGCUGAACGUUGUCAUGCUAAAGAAUUGAAAGACGCGUGUCUCGGAUUUGGAGCUGAUAAUGGAGCUGGUAUAUUAGAUGUCAUGAGUUGUGAAGGACGUAGAUACUUGAAAGAACGCUGCCCGUUAUUGUUUUUAGAGUUGGCUUAUAAUAUAAGAGUUAAGUUGGAUCUACAAAUUGGUGUGAAGAAUAUAAGAGUUAAGUUGGAUCUACAAAUACAAUUUGUUUUUGUAAAUAAAACAAAAUUAGGACAAAUGUACAAAAUAGAGAGUGAGAAAUACUUGCAUUUAAAAGGAAGUUUUUAUAACAUGAAUGUUAAGAAACCGUUUGUUUCUUUACAAGUUAAAAUUCUAGCAUCUCCUUUCCGGUUUAAAGUAAGUGAUUUUUCCCGUUACUUUCUAUCUAUCUCUGUUGGAUUGAAACUUGCAUGUGCAAAUUUGGGUGAUUAUAUGAACUUGUAAAUAAUUUCCGACUUUUUCGUAAACC